AUGGCUUUCGCUACGAAAAAGGACGAGGAGAGCGGGCUCAGCACGUACUACAACAACAAGACCACCAUCAUCCAGGAGGCCCGCGUCUUCAAUGAGUCCCCCAUAAGCCCGCGCAAGUGCAGAGCUCUGCUCACGCGCAUCGUGUACCUCCUCUAUGUUGGGGAGACAUUCAAUACACAGGAAGCAACGACGCUGUUCUUUGGCACGACGAAGCUGUUCCAGCACAAGGACAGUGCUUUGCGCCAAAUGGUUUACCUCGCGAUCAAGGAACUUGCGUUGACUGCAGAGGAUGUUAUUAUGGUUACGGCCAGUAUCAUGAAAGACAUGCAGCCCAAUUCGGAGGUCAUCUACCGGCCGAAUGCUAUCCGUGCUCUCGCCCGCAUCAUCGACCCUUCCAUGGCACAAGGUGUGGAGCGUUUCUUCAAGGCCGCUAUCGUCGACAAGAACCCAUCCAUCUCAUCCGCCGCGCUUGUCUCGGCGUACCACCUCUUCCCGAACGCCAAGGACGUCGUGAAGCGAUGGGUGAACGAAGCGCAGGAGGCGGUCAACGCCAAGUCGUCAUCUUUCUUCGGUUCGGGCAGCUCCAGCGGGGGGUAUCUGGGCUGGGGCAGCUCGUCGUCGAGCUCGAACACGGGGUACCAGCCGAUCCCGUCCACGAGCUAUGUCACGCAGUAUCAUGCGCUUGGGCUGCUGUAUGCGAUUAGGCAGCAGGACCGGAUGGCGGUGACGAAGAUGAUCCAGCAGUUGGGUGGAGGCAAGUCCGGUGCGGGGACCACGCUAAAGAACCCGAUGGCGCUGUGUAUGCUCAUCCGAUAUGCGGCGAAGGUCAUGGAGGAGGACCCGAACGUCCAGAGACAGAUGCUUGACCUUCUGGAAGGCUGGCUCCGUCACAAAAGCGACAUGGUCAACCUCGAGGCUGCACGGGUAAUCUGCGAGAUGAGGAACGUCACCCCCGCCCAGCUCACUCGGUCUAUUGCUGUUCUCCAGCUCUUCCUCUCCUCACCCAAGUCCACGCUCAAGUUCGCUGCCACCCGCACUCUGGCCGCACUCGCCGUCACCCACCCGCAAAGUGUCGCUGCCUGCAAUAUUGACCUCGAGAACCUCAUCUCGGACCCGAACCGCAGUGUCGCGACCUAUGCCAUCACGACUCUCCUCAAGACGGGCAACGAAGCCUCCGUUGACCGCCUCAUGAAGCAGAUCAGCGGCUUCAUGAGCGAGAUCAGCGACGAGUUCAAGGUUAUCAUCGUCGAUGCCAUCCGCUCGCUUUGCCUCAAGUUCCCGGCCAAGCACGAGUCGAUGCUCGCGUUCCUCUCAGGAGUGCUUCGCGACGAGGGCGGCUACGACUUUAAGCGCGCGGUGGUCGAGGCGAUCUUCGACAUGAUCAAGUUCAUCGCGGAUUGCAAAGAGCAGGCGCUCUCGCACCUGUGCGAAUUUAUCGAGGACUGCGAGUUCACGAAGCUCUCAGUUCGCAUCCUCCACUUGCUUGGCGUUGAGGGUCCCAAGGCGCCGAACCCGACGAAGUACAUCCGGUUCAUCUACAACCGGGUCGUGCUCGAGAAUGCGACGGUUCGUGCGGCUGCUGUGUCCAGCUUGGCGAAGUUUGGCUUGAACAACCUGGACGAGAAGCUCGGGAAGAGCAUUCACGUGCUCCUUAACCGGUGCCUUGAUGAUGUCGAUGAUGAGGUCCGCGACCGCGCUGCACUCUAUCUGAAGGUGUAUGAGGAGCCGCCACUCGUGCAGCCUUACAUCAAAGAAGAAUCCAUCUACUCCCUUUCCGCUCUCGAGUCAAAAUUGGUUUCCUACAUCAGCGACCCUGAUGCACAAGAUCAGCCCUUCGAUGCUACGGAUAUACCCAAGGUCAGCAGAGAACAGGCUGCGAAGGAAUCUGCGCGCCCAAGCACCCUGGAGACCAUCGGCGUUCCUUCAUCAUCGAAGGCCGCCACGCCGCCGCCUCCCUCCGCUGCAGAGACCCAGUCCAACUACGCUCAGCAGCUGGCGGAGGUGCCCGAGCUUGCGUCAUACGGGCCGGUGCUCAACAGCAGCACCAAGCCUGCUCCCCUCACGGAGAGCGAGACCGAGUAUCAGGUGUCUGUGGUCAAGCACAUAUUCAAGGAGCACGUCGUAUUCCAGUUCAACGUGUCCAACACUAUUCCAGACACUGUCCUUGAGCAGGUUUCCGUCAUCAUGCAGACGCAAGCCGACUCCAGUCUCACAGAAGACUUCAUCAUCCCCGUCCCUACGCUCACGGCCACGACAUCACCCGGCAUUGUAUAUGUGUCUUUCACGCGCGACAAUCCAGAAGAGUACGCCCAGGCGUCCUUCCAGUGCAUCCUCAAGUUUGUUAGCAAGGAGCUCGAUCCCACGACUGGCGAGCCCGAAGAGGAGGGCUACGAGGACGAGUACCAGCUCGAGGACACGGAGCUCGCCGCGGCGGACUACAUCAUUCCUAGCUACGUUACGUUCGCGUCGGAGUGGGAUCGUUUGCGUAGCGGCGUGUCCCUCACGGAGACGUUCUCGCUACCUGCUAUGGAGUCGCUCAAAGCUGCAUGCAAUUCCGUCAUCGAGAUCCUCAAUAUGCAGCCAUUGGGCGGCUCAGAAGAGCCCCAGCAGCCGACCGUGCACACAUUACAGCUCUCUGGUCUCGUGGGAGGCGGUGGAGGGAAGGUGCUCGUACGCUGUCGCAUGACCUACUCGAAGGCGCAGGGCGUCACCCUCGAGGUAGGUGUGCGGUCAGAACAACAAGCGGCUGCGGACCUGGUAAUCGCGGCGAUUGGUGGUUAG